CGAGCCUCUUCAAACUCCCCUCCAUCUCCCAAACAAACACCGAAUUGCUCCCCGCAUACUUUACUUUUGUUGCUGCCCCUCGAUCACCGACACUUUCCAAACCAGACCACAAGCACACAACACCGGCAAAAUGAGCGGACAAGGCGUCACCCAAAACACCGACACCAAGAUGGCCGGCGGCGAAGCCACUAUCGAGAAGGGCAAGGGCAAGGCCCAGGACCAGGUGCCGGCGGAUGUCAGCAUGGGUGAGGAGGACAGCUCUGACGAGGAGUCUGGCGCGGAGCAAGAGGUUCCCGAUGUCGAGGAAGCCGACGAGGACAACAUGGAGGAGAUCGACACGGACAACAUCAUUGAAGGUGGACGGCGCACGCGCGGCAAGACCAUCGACUUCGCCAAGGCCAACGAGGAGGCCGGAAACGAGGAUUAUGAUGAGGAUGACGACGAGGACUUCCAGGACCCCGAGGUUGCUAUGGAUAUGCAGGAGUAAAGGUUCGCGUUGAAAGAACGCCACUGCGAUGCGCGUCCUCACCGGCGCAUGGCCGCUUCGUGGAUGCACACGCGGCCUGUCUGCCAAUCCUUCCGGUGCUGACUUGUCCUCCUAGGGUUCCUUGGUUUCGUUCCUAUCGGACGACGAGCUCUGCUUCCUUUACGAGCUGCGUUUUUGGCAUUGGAGUAAAUGGGAGCGAUUUGGGUUGCAAAU